GUGACGAGUCCGGGCUUUAUAUCAAAGUUGUUAGCGGCCAUGGGUGGAUGCAAGAUGCUUGAUUGAAUAUCCGCCGCCUGUGGGGCCAUGUACUAGCCCAUGGUCCUCGGUUUCUCAUUUCCCGCUUGGGCAUUUUAAUUCUCCGCUAUCUCAACUUCAACUUCUUCUUCCGAUUCAACUUCCUCCUCAAUUUCAGCUUCAAUUUCUUCUCUGGGAUCAACGUGUGGUUGUCCCCGAUCCAACAAUCCUUCCCUUGCUUCCCUUAACUCUUUCUCCCGAGCCAAGUGUCGGAGAGUUCAGUUGAUGUUCUCGUCUAGUGGCUCCAAAGGUGUCGAAUCACUCCGGGUCAUACACAUCCUGCACACACUUCACAAACAAACAAGUCGAGCCAAGACAAGCAAGAUUCACAAACAAAAUUCAAAAAUUAAAGGCUAGAUUAACACCAAACGGCUUUUUUUAAUAAACGUAAACUCUCCCCAACAAAGGCACCAAAACUUGACUCGCCCUGAUUACAUGAUAGUAUUGUAUUUGCACAUGUUUUUACUGUCGUAUCUUGAUUGUUUAAGCUUGCAUCAUCUCUUAUUUGGCCCAUUUUAUGCUAGUUUUUGUUCUUUUGUCAAAUUUCAGGUCCUAGUACGUAAAGUGAAGCAUAGGCACAAGUUUCAAGUCAAUCGGAGAUCAAUUGGCAACUCGGGAGAAGAAACUCGGGCAUGACCAAAGGAAGAUGAAUUUCUAACACAUUUUAUGGUAAAAUAAUCAUGUAAUAUUGUCAUGAAAAUAAAGAGGACGAGACUACGAGCGUCUGGGAUCAAACGAUGACUAAUUCGAAGUUCGCACGAGGGAGAAACGAGACAUCCAAGACAGGGGAAUAGGAACAAUGAUUUCCACAGAAUGGAAGCCAAUUCCACUACCGUAGAUUAGGAUUUUAGGCCGUGUUUUUUAAGCAGGAGAAAUCCACGGGUUAGAGAGCCUAUUCCACGACCCAACAACGAGUAUAAAGGCCCAUUUUAUGCAUUUUUGGAAGGGGCGAGCUGGGUUUUGGAUCCCAAACACCCAAGGGACGAAACCUAGAGAUAGCAACUUGGAAUCAUUCUUUGAGCUAUUUUGGAGGAUUUCUUCACCAUUGAAGCUCGCGAAUCAAGUUUGGAGAUGGAGAUAGAAGAUCUAGAUCAGAUUUCUACAUUCUCUAUCUUCUCUAUGGAGUAACUUCCCUUCCCUUAGGUUUUGAGGAACCCUAUAUUUGUAUGCUAGGAAGAUUUAUAUGAACCCAUUUUCAUGGAUGAUUGAUUAUCUUAUAUCCAAUUGAGGCAUUAUUCUGAAUUCCAUGAGUCCUUAUCAAAUUCCUGUGAUUUCUGCUUUAACCUAGAACGAUAGUCUCUGCGUAGGUUAAAAGAGCAACCUGAAUUGGAAGUAGUGACUCGAUUGCUUUAGUCGAGAAGUCGAUUCACUACUCAAUACUGGUGUAAACCCAGUAGAGGAAUGUUGAAUCUUAUUUCCUUGGUUAGGUUAUUCUAGUGGAGGUUAUUCACCCACAGGGUAAUCUAUUCAAGAGGGUCUGGAGCACUUUAGUCGAUACUCCAAACUGUUUGAGAACUUUCCGCAAUGUAAAUGUUAGCAGAAUUGAAUUUGGUAAAUUACAACUUGGCUUAACUACAAUCUAGGUGGAAUCAUACCUAACUGAGUUCCCAACCAGUACUUAGAGUAACUUAAAUUGUAAUUUGCUAGAGUAUUUAUAGUUCUUCUAUCUUAAUUUGGUUUGCUAGAUAAUGAACUGAAGCUGAGUAAUAGUCAUUCUAUAGACCCGUGGAUUUGAUAUUUAUUACUUGUGCCACUAUACUGCAGACCCUUUCAUUGGUUACACUUGACCAUUGUUAGAAGUUGUGUUUUAGCGAGCCACUACACCAAAUAAAAUCUCGACUAGAGCCCAAGUAUGAACUCUAGUAGGGUAUAGUAUAGGAAAAGUGUUUUAAAAUGUCAACCUAGGUCAGUCCAUGUACUCUUACUUCAACCGUUUAAAUCGUUAUCUAGCUAUCGGUUUUGGUGAAAACUAAAAACUACAAUUUUAAGCAAGCAAGAAGUUAAAUUGUUGUGGAUUGUAUAUGAGAAAACUUCACCCAAGUAUUGCUCCCCCUAGACUUGUAUCAAGUUGCAAUGAUCAGAACUCUAGUGAGAAAUAGUAUGUUCUUGUACCGCGAGGAUGGCGCAACUCGUGGAAAACUCCCACUCUCUUAGCCAAUCAAUUAAGGAAAAGCAAUUAAGCUAUGAAACCUUGCUCUCUUAAUCAAUCGGCUAAGGAUUGUUAACUAAUCCCUCGAAAGUUAAUCCGAAACGGCGACAAAGCGAUAAAACACAAUCAAAUCGUGACGCUAAAUAGAUACUUGAGGUGUGUCCCUAAUUGCCCUAGAAGUAGUUACCCAAUUUGCCAAGAAGUGGGUGAUAGACCGUCAUUUACACAUGUUUUUACCCCCAUUCUUACACCGUUUGAGGUGUUGAUUCUCGUGUUUUAGGCCGAUUUCACGCUAGGUUGUGCUUGUUUGUGAUGUUUCAGGUCCUAGUACGUGAAUGAAGGCUUAGGAGCGAGUCUGGGGUCGAUUGGACGAAGAACGGACGAAUGGCGAGGUUUUUGGGGAGCUGCACGGGCAGACCAGGGAGGCUGCACGGCCGUGCACGUGAGCAAUAUGGCCGUGCGCCUUAUACCGAGGACACGCACGGGCAACCCCUGAAGCUCGCACGGCCGUGCACCCUGGCCGUGCGAGAGGGCUGAAGUUCGACUAAAUGACACGCUGCGUUUUGAGUUGCACGGCCAGAAUGGUGAUAUGCACGGCCGUGCACCCUGGCCGUGCGAGUCGGGAUUUCCUGGUUUUAAGCCAAAUUCCGAACCAAAGAAGAGGAGAGCUGGGUUUUGGAUCCCAAACACCCAAGGGACGAACCCUAGAGAGAGAGAGCGACUUGGGAACAUUCUUGGAGCUAUUUUGGAGGAUUUCUUCGCCAUUGGAGCUCGGGAAUCAAGCUUGGAGAUGGAGAUUGAAGAUCUAGAUCAGAUUUCUGCAGUCUCUCUCUUCUCUAUGGAGUAACUUCCCUUCACUUAGGUUUUGAGGAACCUUAGUUCCAUGAGUUAGGAUCUUUCUUGUAUGAAGUUUUGGAUGCUAUAUUGUUUGAUUAUAAUUGAAUGAUGCAUGUUUAUUGAGUCAAUUGAAGUCUGAUCAACUUUUCCUGAUUCCUGCUGCAAUCUGAGAUAGAUAGAAUCUGAUUAGGUUGCUAGAGUCUCAUCAUUCGAUAGUAGGAGAUUGGCUAUACGAGAGUUAGCCAGUUUACUGCUUUGUACUGGAAUCCAAUUCCAGUAGUGGAGUUCUGUGCUUAUUGCUUCAGCUUUCUAUCCCGGUGAAGACUAGUCGUCUGCCGGAUAGUUAGACUGAGAGGGUUUGGUCAGCUUAAGAGAUUCCAAACUACUGUCGGAUCUUCCGCAGUUUAAUCAACAGUAAAUCAACCAAAAGGAAUUACAACUUGGACCUAAUUGAGGAGCUAGGGGGAAUCAUACCUAAGUGAGUUCCCAAACUGUAAUUAGUAGUUUUACUUAGUUAGUUUGUAGAGUAGUUUAGUUAAUCAAUCCUUAAUCUAGUUUGCUAGAUAAUGAACUGAAGCUGAGUAAUAGUAACUCUAGAGACCCGUGGAUUCGAUAUUUAUUACUUGUGCCACUAUACUGCAGUCCCUUUCAUUGGUUACACUUGGCCAUUGUUAGGUGUUGUGUUUUAGAGCAUCAAGUUUUUGGCGCCGUUGCCGGGGACUUUCUAGAGUAUUAGGAAAGGCAGAAGUUUGUUACUUUAGCGUUUUUCUUUUCUUUUCUUUUCCACCCUUGCUUUUCACUUGGGUGUUUUUGUUUUUGUUGGUGCAGAUCUGAAUCAUGGAUCCUAAUGGCUUCUCCAAUCAUUGGGGGUAUCCACCACCAUCCGGGUGGUAUUACCCCGCGACUCCCUAUAGCAAUCAAGGAGGAGAAGACUAUGGAUUCGGGUUCCAGUACCAACCCCCUUACUACGGAGAACAAUCAGACCCCUGGGCAUAUCAAGAACAACCUCAUUACCAAGAAGACUUUCUCCCACAACCAGAAGGGCCAUCGGAGCUGGAGUUACCCAUGGCGGCCUUCACGGGCCACUCUGCAGAGCCAUGCUACACUUCACUGGAGGAUCCGAACAAACAAUUAAGGCUUCUCGUGGAGCAGUUUGCUCGAGAUACUGAGAAAUCAUGCUCCAAGAUGGAUAUUCAAAUCAAAGCCCUUGUCACUUCCGAUCCCUCAUUUCUCCAUGAUAUGGAGGAGACUGUUCAGCGCUCAGCGAAGCAAACAGAGUGGGUGAAGCAAGUUUGCUCACAUCUUGCUCAAGAUCACCUUUCUACUGCCACGCUAGAAGAGGUGGAGGAUGACAAAGGCUAUGGGAGCGUUGAGGAGCAUACAGAAGUUAUCACAGAGAACUCCCAUGAUAACCAUGAUCAGGAAAGUCCUUUGGUUGCAGACCACACCUUUCCUCAUUUAUGCUCUAACAUGUUGGGCCCGUGCGAGGAGAUGCAAGAUGAUCCCAUUGAAGAAAUUGCUUGGCGACUUGCUCUCCAAUCUGUUCUAGAAGAAGAAGAGCGAGCAAGGAUGAGGAAGAAAGUUGUGGAUGAUGAGGAAGAAAGAAAAGAAGAGGUGGUUCUUGAUCUUUUCCCAGGGGAGAGACCACAUUUUGAAGAAGGAAGGGGGGUUGAGGAAGCAAUUGGCGUCCAGGCUGAGGAUGAAGUUGAGGUGGAAGAGGCAUGCACCGGCCAUGAGUUACAUUUGAUAUCUCCACCAAACUUCGAGGAACUACUUAGCAAGGACCCAUUUGCAGUGUCUCUUUGCCAGACCAAGGCCACAUCGACAUCGGUCCCUCUUGGUGGACGUGAUGGUGGUCGGUCGAUGCUGUCAUAUCUGGUUUGGGGCAAUGAGACGAGAGAAGAGAAGAAGAGGUCUCGAGGGUGGAGACUUCAUCUGCAUCAAGUACAUGAGCCUUCAUCACCUGCCACACCAGAUGCUCGUGACUUGAGACUCCACCUCAUCGACGAGAACCUCAACUUCAAGGAGGUUCUAGCAUGGACCGAAACUUAGGAGCCAUCGUCCGGCUCACGACGUGAAAGAAGCGCUUGUUGGGAGGCAACCCAACCAGUCGGUUUGCAUUUCUUUCUCUAUUUCUCCUCGGUUGAGUCAGUUUUGUUAUUUGAUUUUAGAGUAAAUAACUCAACCUUUG